GUACACUCUACUCCUCGCUCGCAUGGCGAUCCCUCCCCGGAUCGCCCGCAAGCCAAGGAUGCCGCCGCUCCCGCCGGCGAGGGCCCUCCUCACCGCCUUCGCGGCCACGGCGGCGCUAGCCAUCCUGUGCCUCGUCUCCUCCUCCUCACCCACCUCGUCGUUCCGCGGUUCCUGGGGACCCGCCGCGGCGGCGGCGAAGGGCAGCGACAAGUACCUGUACUGGGGUGGCCGCGUCGACUGCCCCGGCAAGCACUGCGGCGCCUGCGCGGGCCUCGGCCACCAGGAGUCCAGCCUCCGCUGCGCCCUCGAGGAGGCGCUCUUCCUCGGCAGAAUAUUUGUCAUGCCCUCAAGAAUGUGCCUUAGCUCAGUACAUAACACAAAGGGAAUAAUCCAUUCAAGCAAUGCAACUUCGGAGCAAAGAUGGGAAGAAAAUUCUUGCUCUAUGGAUUCGCUAUACGAUAUAGGCCUUAUCUCAAAAACAGUACCUGUUAUUCUGGACAAUUCCAAGACAUGGCAUGAGAUAAUAUCAAGAAGUAUGAAACCAGAUGAAGGAGGCGUGGCACAUAUUCAAGGAAUCAGCAGAGCUGAACUCAAAGAUAAUCCUCUGUAUUUUAAAGCUCUUCUAAUAAACCGUACUGCAAGUCCUCUUGCUUGGUUUAUGGAGUGCAAGGAUCGCAAAAGCCACAGCUCUGUGAUGCUAUCUUAUACCUUCUUGCCAAGUAUGCCAGCUAAAAAACUGAGAGAUGCAGCAAAUAAGAUGAAACAAAUACUUGGUGAUUAUGAUGCUAUUCAUGUGCGGCGUGGUGAUCUACUGAAAAAUAGAAAAGAUAGAUUUGGUGUUGAGCGGAGCCUUCAUCCUCAUCUGGAUAGAGACACCCGGCCUGAGUUUAUCAAAAAGCGAAUUGCAAAGUGGAUCCCACCAGGUCGAACUCUAUUCAUUGCCUCAAAUGAAAGAACACCAGGCUUCUUUUCUCCUCUGUCAGACAAAUACAAAUUGGCAUACUCGUCCAACUUUAGUAGCAUAUUGGACCCAAUAAUUGAGAACAAUUACCAGCUAUUCAUGGUGGAGAGAUUAAUGAUGCGAGGGGCAAAGACAUUCGUGAAAACAAUGAAAGAAUUCGACAAUGAUCUCACUCUUUGUGAUGAUCCAAAAAAGAACACCAAAGUUUGGCAAAUACCAGUCUAUACAGAUGAUUGACGAUAUCUGGCUACCUGACCACCCGAAACUGCUGCAGCACGUUUUUCUCAUACCCACAUCAGCACAUGUGUUCUUAUGGGAGAGAUGUGAAAUUGUUUUUUUUAUUCUUUUCACAAUUAACUAGAUAAUAGGUUAUAGGAGGAAUUUUGUUGUUGACAGAAUGCAUAUGUCCCAUUUUUUUUCGCAUUCUCUGUAUAUUAAUGUAACAAUCAGCAUGACCUUGAGGCUUCAAUUGUAGGGACGAUGAUUAGUCGGUACUACUUUAAUGAUGAGUUCUUAAUUGUAUGUAUGUUGAUG